AUGGCAGCCACCGACCCGUCAUAUCCUCUAUACCUCAUCGCCUGCCUCUUGGCUUCAGCGAUGCUGCUUCUAGUGCUCUUGACCAGCUUCAUCCGCCAGAGCUGGAAUCUCGGCGUUGUCUUUCUCUGCUUCUGGCUCUUCUGGGAGAACCUGGCCGAUGGCAUCGGUUCCAUUGUAUGGGCCGAUAACGCCGAUAUCAAGCUGUACAUAUAUUGCGACAUCGUAUCUCACUUGCAACAGAUCACUUCGGUUGUCAAACCUAUGGCUACUCUCAUCAUCACUCGCCGACUAUAUCUGAUCACCAGCCUACGUUCCAUAGAGCCACCUACAAAGGCUGCGAGACAUAGAAAUCUUGCGAUCGAGUGGGCGCUCGGUUUGGGCAUUCCUCUUCUAGUUGCGGGACCAUUUUACUAUAUCGUCCAGGGAGCUCGAUUUGAGGUUAAAGAGGGGGUUGGCUGCACCAACGCGCCCGAGAGUUCCAUGCUCAGCAUCUUGCUUCUGAAUUCAUGGAAUGUGCUACCUCCUCUGGUGUCCAUCACCGUCUACUAUCCGCAUGUAGCUCGAGUCUUCUAUCGCCACAACCGGGAGAUCAAUCAGUUCUUACAAAGCAACAACCCCGUAUCCCGCACGAACUACUUUCGCAUUCUUGCCCUUGCAUGCAUCGAUAUUCUUCUGACCUUGCCUAUGGGCAUUGUGACCAUCGUCUUGCUCGUGAAAAACGAUCUGUCUUUCGGUCGCUUCCCGUUCUACUAUGGCUGGACCCCUGACCACACGGACUGGCAACCGGUGAACUACUCCUAUGCAGACAUAACGUCCGGCGGGCCUUUCGAUGUAGCAUACUUCCACUUCACUAAUUGGACAUCCCCCGUCCUCGCGUUCGCCAUCUUCGGCCUCUUCGGCGUCACAUUGGAAGCUCGUGCGUCGUACUGGCGCGUAAUAUGCACCGUCUGCGGCUGGUUCGGCUGGCAACCCACACCUCGCGCGCACAGGGCGCGUUCGCCGCUGGGCGAUAUCGAGUUCGGCGGGCGUCCUGCUCAGAACUCGAUGUCGCUGGGUCUCGAGUUGAAUCCAAGCUACGUCGACCGCAACGCGCACGCGCAAGGCCAGGUCGCCGAGAGCGCAUGUGCAAGCGGUGACACUGGCAUCAGGAGUGAGUCGGAGAGGGACGAGGUCGAGAAAGUGCACCGUUCUGCGACGUGCUCGGCCGCAGAGCGCGCGGCACAGCCACACCUGGUCGGCUCCCACGAAAGCAGCUUCGGCGACGCUUCUGUCGUGGUAUAA